CUCUGCGUCCCGGGGCCGGCUCAUUGAGCCAGCAUGGCCUCCCCGUCGGUGCUCCUCGCCCGCGAAGAAGCGGCUGCAGCGCCUGCCGGGACCUAUUCCUACUGCAGCCGGCCCCGGGCCGUGCCCGCCAGGCGGCGAUACCGCCGGCCCCUGGAUGCCACGGAACUGGAUGAUGAACCAAUCCACUAUGCGAACCUCAUGUAUGAGAGGCGGGUGGUCAGAGGCAAUACUUACGCCCUUCACGUGCUGCCUUGGAGUGGCGAACCUGACCCCGUGGAGCUCCAGAAACAGCGGGAGGCCCACCGCAAAGCACUGGCUAGGAAACGUGCCAAAGAACAGCUGCAGACAAGAACCCCAGACCCUUUGGAGGGCAGGCGGCAUAUCAGCGUGCAGACGGAAUUAUAUCUGGAAGAGCUUGCUGACCGCAUUGUGGAAGUCGAUGUGGAAUGUCAAACGGAUGCGUUCUUGGACCGACCGGCGACACCCCUCUUCAUUCCCGCAAAGUCUGGUCGAGAUGUGGCCACUCAAAUAUUGGAAGGAGAGCUGUUUGAUUUCGACAUUGAAGUCAGGCCGAUGCUUGAAGUUUUGGUCGGGAAGACCAUCGAGCAGGCUCUCCUGGAAGUCAUGGAGGAGGAGGAGCUGGCCAACCUGCGGGCGCACCAGUAUGCCUUCCACGAACUGCGCCGUGCAGAGCUUGCGGAGGUGCAGCGCCUGGAGGAGCAGGAGAGACGCCACCGGGAGGAGAAGAACCGCCGUAAGAAACAGCAACUGGAAUUCCUACAGAAGCAGAGAGAGACCUCUGAGAAAAUUGCAGCUCGGGCAUUUGCUCAGCGGUACCUGUCUGACCUUAUUCCUUCUGUCUUCGGUAGUCUUCGGGAUAGCGGGUACUUCUUCGAUCCAGUGGAAAGAGAUAUCGAAAUUGGAUACUUACCGUGGGUGAUGGACAACGUAGUAGAGAUCAUAGAGAAGAGGAUUCUGGGAGGAAUCCUGAUGGACAGCUUAAUUCAUGACGUGAUGGAAAAGCGGUUGAAUGCUUUUGAACCAGCACCGCCAGCGUCUGACCAGCUAGAAGACAGCCACCCUCCCGGCGAGGGAGUUGAACACAAAUCCUCCAUUGAGGUAGUUAUAAAGACUGAGACCUCAGAUCAAGCGGAAGGCUCAGCUCAACCGGAAGCCUCGGAUCAUGCGGAAGGCUCAGCUCAGCCGGAAGCCUCAGAGCAAGCGGAAGGAUCAGCUCAGCAAGAAACUUUGGAUCAGGUGGAAGACUCGGCUCACGUAGAAGCCCCUGAUCAGGCAGAAGGCCCAGCUCAGCCGGAAGCCUCAGAUCAAGCUAAAGCAGCAGAACAGCCAGAAACUAAGGAGGCUGAACCCCAAUGAAGAACAAGCAUAUCAGGUAAUGGGUAAU